UGCGUGCUGUCGAUUUUCGUUCCGUGUUGAAAUUCCCAGAAAAAACUCGCAGAUUGCUUCGAUUCCGAGUGGAAAAAAAUGCAGUAGAUUCCUGUCAGAACGUUCCACAACUAGCGAACCAUGGCGGGCGCGCUCGAGUUCUGCCUGGCGGACAUUGGCCUGCUGCUACCGGAGGACACCGACCCCAAGUCGAAGGGGGUGUUCCGCCACGAGAAGCGCUUUUACCGGCUGAUUUUCGAGCGCGGCUUCGUCAUGCACCAGGUUCCGGCACUGCUAAGGGAUGUGAAACGCCUUCCGGAGUACUCGCUGCGCUGGCGCACGGAUGCCUCCGACGAGGCGUCGGUGUUUCUGUCGCUUUUCAUGCGGUUCCUGCGGCCAGAAGAGUUGGGUGAUUUUGGCUGUCGGAUGCAGCGGCAGCGAAUGGUUGCGCUGUUCUUUCGGGAGGUGGAGCGGCGCGAUUUUGUGCGGAUGGGCGAGUUGCAGCUGCGCGAGCCGACCGAGGACGGGGAACCGCUUCCGGUGAACGAGUUUUACGAGCGGUUGCGGGUUGGGCACGAGGGGGAGGUUUUGGACGGGUCGAUUCCGGAGGAUGUGGCGCACGGGAGUUUGCGGCCGACGUUGAGGCCGUACCAGGUGCGGGCGAUCCGGUGGAUGUUGGACCGGGAGACGGUGCCGAAGGUGCUGCCGGCGCAGUAUGCGCGGUUGGGGUGUUUGAAUGUGGAGGGGGAGGAGUUUUACAUGAACUUGGAUAGCUUUGAGGUGCUUGCGGAGGUUCCGGGGGAGAUUGCGAUACCGCCGGGUGGGAUUUUGGCGGACGAGAUGGGCAUGGGCAAAACGGUUGAGAUGCUGGGGUUGAUGCUGUUGAAUCGGAACAGGAAGCGAAAGUUUGAGGAGGAAGUGGGUCCGGGAGUUGCGGUUGCUGUAAAGGAGCUCAAAUGUAUCUGCAUCCGGAGUAACGUGAAGGAUACGAUCACUUGUCAAAAGUGUGGCCAGAGGCAGCACAAGAAGUGUGUGUUGAAGAACUGCGAGGUGGAACCGAGUCGGUACAUUUGCCCGGAGUGUUGGCGUUCGGAGGUGUUGGUGGAAUCUUCCACGACAAUCAUCGUGUCCCCGGUGUCGAUCAAGAUGCAGUGGGCGUCGGAGAUCCGGAAGCACAUCGCAGACUCAUCGUUCAAGAUCUUCAUCUACGAGGGAGUCGCCGAAAGUGGUUGGAUCAGUCCGGCGGACCUCGCAAAGUACGACGUGGUGCUGACGGAUUACAACGUGCUUCAGACCGAGAUUUACUACACGGCGGUCAAUUCGAGAACGUCGCGCCACGGCAAGCGCUUCCUCAGUCCGGUAUCGCCGUUGCCGUUGGUCCGUUGGUGGCGCGUUUGCCUGGACGAGGCUCAAAUGGUCGAAGGAAUUCACAACCAGACGACCAAAAUGGUCAAAACACUGCCGGCGGUUCACCGCUGGACCGUCACGGGAACGCCCAUCGAGAAGAGCAUGGACAAUCUGUACGGGUUGGUACACUUCCUGGACUACUCGCCGUACAACGACUAUCAACUGUGGCGGCAGCUCAACUACCAGUACCAGCAGGGAAAUCCGCAGCCGCUGCUCGCCGUCAUGUCCCGAAUCAUGUGGCGAACCUGCAAGGCAGCCGUCCUCGAUCAGCUAGGCAUUCCGCCGCAAACGGAGGUUCUCCACAAAAUCACCAUGUCCGACUUGCAGAACUUUUUCUACCGCACGGAGCACGCCAAGUGCGCGACGGCGUUCCGCGAAAAGGCCGCCUAUUUGGGCCGAAACCUCAGCAUGGCCCGGAUGACGAUUCAGACGUUAAACUUGCUGAUGGAACCGCUUCGCAAGCUGCGUCAAGAUUGCGUCAUCCCGUCGAUCCUGCACAAAUCCGACCAACUGACCACCAAGAAGCUCCUCACGCCCAACGAACUCCGCGAGCACCUCGUAAUGAACAACGAAAUGGAGUGCAAAUCCGCCCUCCGCACGAUCGUCUCCAGCAUCAACGGGAUGGCCGCCGUGCACGUGAUCCGACGCGAGUACGAACAGGCCGCCAAGCUGUACAAAUCGGCCCUGCGCUGGGCCGAUGACUACCAAGGCACCAUCAGCGUCGAUUCGCUGCUGCAAAUUCACGCCCUGUACAAUCUGAUCGAAGUGCUGGAGAUGAACGGGUUUGUGGGCGAGGAAGAGGCGUUCCGGAAGCAGCUGCGCGACUACGAGGAACGCUGCGCCAAGCUCGAGUGGAAGUACAUCGAGACGUACUCGAACAUUGUGAAGAACGUGGAGCGCGAGUUGGCGCCGGCAGCGGGAAAGGUCUUCGAGAUAUCGGCCAAGCUCGAUCACAAAGUCGACGGGAAUUGGUGGCGGGAUGUGAUCUUUUCGUUGGAUCGAAACUCCGCUCGGACGGCCGCCUUCCUGCUCAAGCUGAACAUCGAGGUGAAAAAUCACAGCGGCAUGGCGGAGGACAUUGUCGGGUUACGGAGUAUGGACUACCAGCUGACGACUUGGUUGGAUGAGGUGAAAGAGCAGCGGAACGAGCUGGUCGAUGCUUUCGAUAGUAUUGCGUACUUCAGGGAGAACCUCAAGCCGAAACACCUUUGGCCGGCGGAAGUUCGUGGUCGCAUCGAGGCUCUCAUCCGAACUGCGUUCCUCUGUCAUUUGGAUCCAGAACUGCCCGAUUUGCCGUACGACGAGAGGCAGGAGCGACCGACCUGCGUGCUGUGCCAGGUCAAACGAACCCUGAACUUGUACGAAUGCAUGAUUUUCCAAAAGCACUUUAUCGAAGAGACAAACACGACCGAGGGCUCGUGGCAGAUGACCGUGCAGGAAGUGAUCGUGAGGCAAAUUCACGCUUGCUGCCGCAAGGAACGCAUGGAAAAGGCCACCAUCGAGGAGGGCAACCUAUUUCUAGCCUACCUGGAAGCCCUCAAGGACGAGUUCAAGCAUUACUCCAAAUAUUGGGUCGAAAUCAACUACGCGGCGGCGGCCUUCGACGAGCUGAACAUGUGCCGAUCGCGCCUCCAGGUCAUCACCAUGGAAGACCUGGAUCAAGCCGGCGGCAAAAAGUCCAUCCAGCAAAUCCUCGACUACGAGGUGCACGAAACGUUCGAGGAUCUUCAAGUGCAGAAGGUCACCGCUGAGCGAGAAUUCGUACGCCUCAAAGGAACGCUCAAAUAUCUGCAGCACUUGGGAAGCGUCGCCGAGAUCGAUGUCUGUCCCAUCUGCCAGUGCCAACCGGAGGAAAGGUACGCCGUCCUGCAGUGUGGCCACCAUUUCUGUAUCGUUUGCGCCCCGCAACUCGUUCGAAUCGCUCGAAGUCAGGGCAACAACGUGACCUGCGGCGUCUGCCGCCACAAGCAACAAAUAGCCGACCUCUACUUCGUAACGUGCGGUCAAAUCCUCCCCGCCAAGCAGGACAUCAACGUGCGCGGCAACUACUCCAACAAGAUCCUCAAAAUCGUCGAAACCGUCCUGCAGCUCAAACUCGACGAACCCGACGUCAAAAUCAUCAUCUUCUCCCACUGGGACCCGAUCCUCUUCUACCUGGCCCAAGCCCUCGACACCAACUCCGUCACCUACCGCCUCAAAUCAGCCAAAUUCUACAAACACAUCGAAGAGUUCAAAGAUUACACCAACGGCAUCACCUGCCUCCUGCUCCCCCUCAAAGCCGGCUCCAAGGGGCUCAACCUGACGGAGGCGACGCACGUCUUCCUCGUCGAACCCAUCCUGAACCCGGGCGAGGAGUUGCAGGCCGUUGGGCGGGUACAUCGGAUCGGCCAGACCAAGCCAACCUUCGUGCAUCGGUUUAUCGUGCAGAACACGAUCGAGGAGACGAUCCAUCGAACCGUUCAGGCCGAUCGGACCGGGCGGUGGAGCUCGAAGGACGUGACGGUGGAGCAUCUGGAGCAGCUGUUUCAGCUGGAGGAGCCCGAGCAGAUUGAACUGUUUGCGGAGUGAGAAUUGUGUCGUUCAUUCCGUUUUUGUUGUUCGAAUAUUUUACAUGAACAAUUUGUGUUUUAUCCAAAAAUAAGUAUUCAAUUCUCAAUACUAUAAAAAUAAAUGACUGCAAGUAAGUAA